ACAGAAUUGGAGAGGAAGAUAAUAUGCCUUCAAGAAACUUGGGUUCAAUUUAAGGACUGAUCUUGCCCCUUUUUCUGUUUCCUUGACAUGUAAAUGUGUCACUAUCCCCCUCAUAUGGGCUGAGAGCCAACUGAAGUAUUUAGCCACUGAAUUUAAUGCGAGCUUUUGCUAGAAGUACACACAUUACCAGUUAUUGCCUUGGGAGGAAAUAAGUCUCAUAUGUUUUCAUAGUGAUUUUAACUUCAUUUAUUUGCGGUUGCUAGGUACUCAUCCAUGUGUUAGGUGCUCUGGGUUGUCCAAAGAUGAAGUCGUCAGAAGAAUUUACAAUCCCACGAGGAAGAGAUGCUUAGGAACACAAUCAGUAGGAUUGUGGCAUCUGAAAUAGACUAUUUUCUCCCUUAGGGACACUCAGGAAAUGUUUGUCUCCUGCUGUUGAUGAAUAAUUUCAGAGUACUAUGGAUCAUGCUGAAGAAAAUGAAAUCCUUGCAGCAAGCCAGAGGUACUAUGUGGAAAGACCUAUCUUCAGCCAUCUGGUCCUCCAGGAAAGACUUCACAAGAAGGACAAGAUUUCAGAUUCCAUCGGGGAUAAGCUGAAACAGGCAUUCACAUGUACUCCUAAGAAGAUACGAAAUAUCAUUUAUAUGUUCCUGCCCAUAACUAAGUGGUUGCCCGCGUACAAAUUCAAAGAGUAUGUAUUGGGUGACUUGGUCUCAGGCAUAAGCACAGGGGUACUUCAGCUUCCUCAAGGGUUAGCCUUUGCAAUGCUGGCUGCCGUGCCUCCGGUGUUUGGCCUGUACUCUUCAUUUUAUCCUGUUAUCAUGUAUUGUUUUUUUGGAACCUCCAGACAUGUAUCCAUAGGUCCAUUCGCUGUUAUUAGCCUAAUGAUUGGUGGUGUGGCUGUUCGAUUAGUACCAGAUGAUAUAGUUAUUCCAGGAGGGGUAAAUGCAACCAAUGGUACGGAAGCAAGAGAUGCCUUGAGAGUGAAAGUCGCCAUGUCCGUGACCUUACUUUCAGGAAUCAUCCAGUUUUGCCUAGGUGUCUGUAGGUUUGGAUUUGUGGCCAUAUAUCUUACGGAGCCCCUGGUCCGUGGGUUUACCACCGCGGCUGCUGUGCACGUCUUCACCUCCAUGUUAAAAUACCUGUUUGGAGUUAAAACAAAGCGGUACAGUGGGAUCUUUUCAGUGGUGUAUAGUACAGUUGCUGUGUUGCAGAAUGUUAAAAACCUCAACGUGUGUUCCCUAGGCGUCGGGCUGAUGGUUUUUGGUUUGCUGUUGGGUGGCAAGGAGUUUAAUGAGAGAUUUAAGGAGAAAUUACCGGCACCUAUUCCUUUAGAGUUCUUUGCGGUGGUGAUGGGAACUGGCAUUUCAGCUGGGUUUAACUUGCAAGAAUCGUACAAUGUGGAUGUCGUCGGGACACUUCCUCUGGGGCUACUACCUCCAGCCAACCCGGACACCAGCCUCUUCCACCUCGUGUACGUGGAUGCCAUCGCCAUAGCCAUUGUUGGAUUUUCAGUGACCAUCUCAAUGGCCAAGACAUUGGCAAAUAAACAUGGCUACCAGGUGGAUGGCAAUCAGGAGCUCAUUGCCCUGGGACUGUGCAAUUCCAUUGGCUCACUCUUCCAGACUUUCUCAAUUUCAUGCUCCUUAUCUCGAAGCCUUGUUCAAGAGGGGACUGGAGGGAAGACACAGCUUGCAGGUUGUUUGGCCUCACUAAUGAUUCUGCUGGUCAUAUUAGCCACCGGGUUCCUCUUCGAAUCAUUGCCCCAGGCUGUGCUGUCGGCCAUUGUGAUUGUCAACCUGAAAGGAAUGUUCAUGCAAUUCUCAGAUCUCCCCUUUUUCUGGAGAACGAGCAAAAUAGAACUGACCAUUUGGCUGACCACUUUUGUUUCCUCCUUGUUCCUGGGAUUGGACUAUGGUUUGAUCACAGCUGUGAUCAUCGCUCUGCUGACUGUGAUUUACAGAACCCAGAGUCCCAGCUACAAAGUGCUUGGACAGCUUCCUGACACUGACGUGUAUAUUGAUAUAGAUGCAUAUGAGGAGGUGAAAGAAAUUCCUGGAAUAAAAAUAUUCCAAAUCAAUGCCCCAAUUUAUUAUGCAAAUAGCGACUUAUAUAGCAAUGCUUUAAAAAGAAAGACUGGAGUGAACCCAGCGCUCAUAAUGGGAGCAAGAAGAAAGGCCAUGAAGAAGUAUGCUAAGGAAGUUGGAAAUGCAAAUAUGGCCAAUGCAACUGCUGUCAAAGUGGAUGCAGAAGUCGAUGGAGAAGAUGCCACGAAGCCUGAAGAAGAGGAUGACGAAGUAAAAUACCCCCCAAUAGUCAUCAAGAGCACAUUUCCUGAAGAAAUGCAAAGAUUUAUGCCCCCAGGGGAUAACAUCCACACCAUCAUUCUGGAUUUUACACAAGUCAAUUUUAUUGACUCUGUUGGUGUAAAAACUCUGGCCGGGAUUGUAAAAGAAUAUGGAGAUGUCGGUAUUUAUGUGUAUUUAGCAGGAUGCAGCGCACAAGUUGUGAAUGACCUCACUCAAAAUCGAUUCUUUGAAAAUCCUGCCUUGAAGGAGCUGCUGUUCUACAGCAUUCAUGAUGCAGUUUUAGGCAGCCAGCUUCGGGAGGCGCUUGCCGAGCAAGAAGCCACCGCUGCCCCUCCGCGGGAGGACUCAGAACCCAACGCCACUCCAGAAGCUUAGAGGAGGAACCCAGCUGGGAUGGGGUACGAGCCUCUGGGAAAUUACUCACUUACACAUUUUAAGUACUGGACACUAGACGUCCCCCCGCUAAGGGUAAAUGCUAGUAGUCAAGGCUUGAUUUGGAGGGUGAAUGACGCACAUAGCAAGAUGUAUCUUACUUGUGUGUGUGUUUUUUUUUAAUUGAAUUAUUUCAAAGAUAAAUUGU